UGGGAAAAAUAUCCCCACCAACGGUUUAUUUUGCUUUGUUUUCCGGUGAAAUUGAAGAGCGCUCUCUCGGAGAAACUCAAGAAAACCACCAUUUCCAUCUCCGUCGCCGCCAUGGAAGGAGGUGGAGGAACAUUGUCGGAGAUUCACCAAUCCGCGAAGAAACUUCUACUUAGAUCUCGCGACGGUCUUGAACGUCUCGAACGCCUCGAGUACUCAGCCACCGCAGGCACCGGCGCCGACACGGAGCUUUCGUUCGCUGUGAAGAAGGACAUCACUCAGAUCCAAUCCCUCUGCGUGGAGAUGGAGCGCCUCUGGCGAUCCGUAACCGCAAAACCUCAACGCGAUCUCUGGAAAAGAAAAGUGGAACAAAUAGCUGAGGAGGCUGAAUCACUAAGAGCAAGUUUAGAUAAAUAUAACUUACGGCAUCAGAAACGGAUGAGAGAAGCUAAUGAGAGAGCAGAACUGUUGGAACGAGCUAAUGGGGAUUCUGCUCAUGUUCUGAGAAUUUUUGAUGAGGAGGCACAAGCAGUACAUUCAGUUCGCGCUUCUGCCCGGGAACUAGAAAAUGCAAACGCAAUUGGGGAAGCCAUCCUUUCUUCAAUACAUGGUCAAAGAGAACGCUUGAAGAGUGCACAUAGAAAAGCAUUGGACAUUCUGAAUACAGUUGGGAUAUCUAACUCUGUUUUGAGGCUAAUUGAGAGACGAAACCGUGUCGACCAAUGGAUCAAAUAUGCAGGAAUGCUAUUGACUCUCAUUUUCCUGUUCGCAUUUGUUUUCUGGAGACAUUGAUCAUCAUUCUCAGUCAGAUGUUGAAAAUCUGAAACUUCACGAAGUAUAUUUGGCAGAAAUAAGCGAAACUUCAACAGCUUGUGCGUCAUGUGGCUGUAUAAUUCAUGUAACUGCUUACACCAUACUCAUUUCACAAAAUAUAUUUUAGCCUACUCUAGAUCUGCACUAUUUGUUUCCAUUUUCCAUCUUAGAUUUCAAUUCCCAAGAGAUGCUUGAUAAAACAGAUUUUGAAUUUACAUGGUCAGAAAAAACAAUUGUAUACUA